CUAAAUUUAGACAGGAAACUAGCAAUGACGAGCUGCAACAUCCGGUGACGUAUUUUCCGUAGGUAAACAAGAUGGCGUCCGGCAGUGGGUCCAGCAAGAACGACUUCCGGCGGAAAUGGGACAAGGACGAGUACGAGAAUCUCGCUCAGAAGCGGCUGAACGAGGAGCGCGAGCGGGAGCUCAGGGAUGGAAAACCUGUCCCUCCCGUCAAGCGGGAGCUCCUGCGGCACAGAGACUACAAAGUGGAUCUGGAGUCCAAACUGGGGAAAACUAUUGUCAUCACCAAGACCACCCCUCAGGCGGAGAUGGGCGGAUAUUACUGCAAUGUUUGUGACUGUGUGGUCAAAGACUCCAUCAACUUUCUGGAUCACAUCAACGGCAAGAAACAUCAGAGGAACCUGGGCAUGUCCAUGCGGGUGGAGCGCUCGUCUCUGGAUCAGGUGAAGAAACGCUUUGAGGUGAACAGGAAGAAGAUGGAGGAGAAGCAGAAGGAGUACGACUUUGAGGAGCGCAUGAAGGAGCUGCGGGAAGAGGAGGAGAAGGCGAAGGCCUACAGGAAAGAGAAGCAGAAAGAGAGGAAGCGGCGUGCUGAGGAGGACUUGGACCUGGAGGACGAUGAUGAGAUGGCAGCAGUGAUGGGCUUCUCGGGGUUUGGCUCGUCCAAGAAGAGCCACUGAAGCCCCAAACUGGGACAGGAAACCGUUUUCAGCCAUGCCCCCCUCUCUAGGGCGGGGCUGCUGAUGCGGGCUCCUCCCUCACAGACUUUUUUUAUUUGAGAUUGCUCUCAAACCUCUUCUGGUGAGCUGGUAAACACCAUCACAAAUAUUAACAGAUGAAUGAAUGAUCUGAAUGCAGGAAGACAAAUGAAGGAGAAACUGUUUCCUUUAGCACGACUGUGGUGUGUUCAGGUGCACACAGAAAACUAUACAUUUUUGUUUCUUCAUUCAAGUUUUUUCUCUGAAUUAGAUCCUGAUCUUAGAAAAAGAAAGAACUGGAGGAAAUGUUGGUUUAAUUUUUAAUAAAUACACCUUUUUUUUUUAUUCCUGAUGUUUUCCUGAAAUUGAUGUAAAAAUGUUCCACAAAGAAGCUGAGGCUUCAAACCGAUAAAAGGUGCUCUUCUGUG